AUGGAAAAGCGGGGGCAGACCAGAAACUCAAAAUCUAAUGGCCAGCUUCCAUCAACGAUGAUAGAGGAGAUUCUAUCAAGGCUACCAGUGAAGUCCUUAUGCCGCUUCAAGUGUGUCUCAAAGUCAUGGAGUUCCCUAAUCUCCGACAACCCCAGUUUUGUUGCAUCGCACUUGUACAAAGGCAUUGGGGAGGAUAAAGAUGAUCUACUCUUCCGAAGAAGAAGAAGAGUCAUAUUUACUGAUGCCGCAGGUAAUGGCCUCCACUCUAUGCAUCUUGACUACGAUGAUGAGUUUCUCAAUCAUAACAACGAAGAAGAUGCAUCAUCCGAGCAAGAUAAUCGCAAUCGUAACUGUUUCGAUUUCGAUGAGGAGGUUGGUGGUAGUAAUUUAUUAGUAACAACAGCCACGGAGCUCCAGUAUGUUUAUAGCGCGUUAUCUGGUAUUUCGGUUUCCAUGUUGGGUUGCUGCAACGGCCUGUUGUUAUGCAUGUUUUUAUAUGACCCGCAGUUAUAUUUGGUUAACCCAGCAACAAGGCAAUCCAAGAAGCUACCAGAAAUACCAACAGAAUAUCUAAUUGAUGAUCUCUACUACUUUUGUGACGUGUAUGGGUUUGGAUUUGAUUCUUCAACUCAUCAACACAAGGUCGUCAAUGGUGUCGUCUACAGAACAAGUGCCCGUGAUGAUGAUGAAGGAGGGGUUCAGUUUAAUGUGUAUACACUGGAAACUAAUUCUUGGCGACAGAUUGAUGAGUACGUAUUUCCCUACCACAUCUUUCCAUGUCGAAAUAAAGGGACCCUGCUGAAUGGAAAUCUCCAUUGGUUGGGGACAAGAGUCGGAGAAGAUGAUCAUCAUCAUUCAUCUUUGUUGAUUGUCUCCCUCGUUUUAACACAAGAUCAGGAGGAGGUUGGAGAAAUUCCACUGCCGCGCGAAAUCAACUCUUCUCAAACUCGUCGUAGUAAGCUGGGGGUCUCCAUACAAUGA